AUGGACUAUACUCUUUUAAAAUACUUGAAUGAGCCUAACCCUGAGCUCAAUAUCAACGAACGAAUAAGCAACAUUAUUAUGGGCGGACAAUGGGCAUCGGUAGACGGCAUAGUGAAUUGGGAUGAGUUUCCCAGUUUCAAGGACAAAUUUAGCGCUGAAUUAGGCAAACACACUAGGGUCGACAAUCUCAGUGCCCUUACCGAGGAAGCGGGAUUCAACACAGUUUAUGUUGAACGCUUCUUCAAGGGGCAGCUGUUGUCAUGCGCGGCAGACGAGGACAAGCGUUUGGUUAGGCCUCUCGAGCAACUUCAGUAUUAUUGUCUAAGUUUAGACGUGCCUUAUGGUUUCAUCUUGACUUAUGCCUAUAUUGUGUGUUGCCAUUUCACGCUGUCCCCCGAUAUUCAACGUUCGCCACGGCCGAAGAGGACAGGCAUGACACAGCAUGCACGAAUGCAAUCUGCAUCGACUACAUCCAGUGGCAUAGUCUCCAGCAUGAGUGACAUUUCCCUCGAACCUCAUCCGGGGUAUAGAGACGUCAAUCCGGUGAAAAUUGCGGUUGGUCGAUGGAAUCCUCAAGGAGGCAGAAACGAAUUCUCAAUCAAGCUAUCUCUUUGGCUUCUAGUGAUGGAAGCGAGGCAUCACCGUGGGCUGCAGCAAGAAUACGAAUCACCAAGCGAUGGCUCCACGGCUCAUAAGUCAUCCAAUCAUGGAAAGAAAGCAGCUGGCAAAGGCAAGCGGCUCGUUUAG